ACAAAAAUGGAACCAUGCGUGGAGGAUCUAGCCGACGACCUCCAUAGCCUAAGCUUCGCUUCCACCACUACCACCGUAGAUAUCAAACGCAGCACUAGCUUCAGCUCCGAAACCACCACCGUAACACCAUCCACUUCAGCUCACUUCCAUCCACCACUCCCAUCCACCACCACCAAACCCCACGCGCCCUCUUCCGACCCUUGCUGGACCUUCAUCCACCGGAUCCGAUCCGAAUCCCCGACCCGUACCAUCUCCCCUUCGGACUUUCGACUCACCCGUCGCCUCGGCUCCGGCGACAUAAGCUCCGUCUACCUAGCGGAGCCGAAGCAACCCACCGAGGGCUCCGCCGCGUUGUUCGCCGCUAAGGUGAUGAACAAAGAGGAGCUGGCGAGCCGGAGCAAGGAAGGGAGGGCGAGGACAGAGAGGGAAAUUCUGGAAAUGUUGGACCACCCUUUCUUGCCCACUCUCUACGCGUGCAUUGACUCGCCCAAAUGGCUCUGCCUCUUGACGCCGUUCUGCCCCGGCGGUGACUUGCACGUGCUCCGCCAACGCCGCCCCAACAAACGCUUCCACGAAUCCGCCGUCAGGUUCUACGCAUCAGAGGUCUUGGUGGCACUUGAAUACCUACACAUGUUGGGGGUAGUCUACCGUGAUCUCAAGCCAGAAAACGUGUUGGUUCGAUCUGACGGCCACAUCAUGCUCACUGACUUUGACCUCUCGUUGAAAUGUAACAAGUCCAAAUCAACGGCUCAGAUCAUCUCUGAUCAAAGCCCUCCUCUCACUGUCCCACAUUACGAUUCUCACGUUGAACCCUCUCAUGUUAUCCCCUCUUCUUGCAUGUUACCUAACUGUAUAGUCCCCGCCAUGUCGUGUUUCCACCCAAAACGCAAGCGAAAGAAUAAGCAGAGCCUGCGUAGCGGGCCUGAGUUUGUGGCCGAGCCCAUUGAUGUCCGGUCCAUGUCAUUCGUAGGAACCCACGAGUACUUGGCGCCAGAAAUCGUCUCCGGGGAGGGCCAUGGUAGUGCCGUGGACUGGUGGACUUUAGGGGUAUUUAUAUUUGAACUGUUUUAUGGGAUAACACCCUUCAGGGGCAUGGACCAUGAGCUAACCCUAGCUAACAUUGUGGCUCGAGCCCUUGAGUUCCCCAAGGAACCCACCGCGCCUGCUGCCAUGAAAGACCUUAUACAGCAGUUAUUAGUUAAGGAUCCGGCAAGAAGACUCGGGUCAAUGGUGGGGGCUUCCGCAAUCAAGCACCACCCAUUUUUUCAAGGUGUGAAUUGGGCAUUGCUAAGGUGUACAACUCCCCCCUUUGUGCCCCCACCUCUCAGUAAAGAAGCUGUAUAUGAUCAUCCUGGAAGUCGUCCAGAGACUCCUUUUGAAUAUUAUUAAUGAUAGAAAGCUUUCUGCCCUCACUUAUCAGU